CAGGGGCAAAAACAUACACUUUAAAGUACUACAACAGGGACAAAAACAUCCCUCAAGUUUUCCCUAUAUUUUUGAAUGAUUAUAUAAAUUUAUUUUGGCAAUUUCACACCACUUGGUAGAGCAACUCUGAUUGUGUUGUCGUCGAUUUGUGCUUUGGAAUAAAUAAGAAAAUGCAGAAGGUGUCUGGUGGGAUAGAAUGUUGUCAACGUUAGUUUUUGGCAUUAUUUUUAUCCAGCUCUUAUAUCGGAUUUUAUUUGAUUCAUAAAUCCACUAUUUAAUUUGCCUUAUUUUUUGCCCAAAACGGUUAAAUUAAACUACCUGAAGAUGUCAAGAAGUUUUAUUUAGUUAUGUAUAUUUGUAAAAAAAAAAAAAAAAAAUUUACCUUAGGCUACUCCUUGCCACAAUGGUGUGGAAUCCAAACAAUUAUUCUGCUACUAUAAACUACAGCUAACAAAAAUACACAGAUCAUUUUAAUAGUCAUAUUCACUUAUUUUGUUUCAUUGUGUUGGUUUUAUUCUCUGUCUUGGUGAAAAUCCAACUAAUUAUCCUGCUACAAAAUGUAACCAUUUUUUUCUGAUUACAUCCAAAAUUCUUCUUUUUUGUUUUGUUUGAACUUAUUUCUUUAUAAUUUCUAUAAUUUUCUUCCUCUUACAUCUCUGCCCUAUUCCUUGCCUAGGUGGGACAUCCAGCAAGUCCUGCCAAAAAUACCACUGAACCAACAUUUCUGUCCUUUUUUAUUUCAUUUCAUUUUAUUUCAAAUAUUUAUUCUUUUUGCCCCAUUUCCUGUAAAAACAAAAAACAAAACGCUCAAGUCAUGUUUUGCAUCGUGAGCGCGCUUGACACGGAAAGAGGUCGAGGCUUUGCUGCAGAGGCCGCACCUGCUGGUACUCAGUGGGCGGAAGAGACGUGAGCUCCGGAGGAAAGAGUGACGCCAAGGUGACGGCAGCCACAACAGGGUAUCAAUGGAGCUUCGCAGCCCAAGGAUGGUCUUGAAAGUGCAUUAUUUAGUGGGUGUGCUGUUGUCAUCUGCACAGCUGCUGCUAACUUUACCCCUGACCGAGAAGAACCACCAACAAAACAUGUGCAGAAUGUGUCCUCCAGGUGAGUUCCUGAAGUCUUGCAACCAGUGCGAGCCGUGUCCUCGAUUGAGCUACACCGACGACUGGAACCGUGAGGACGACUGCCAUCGUUGCUAUGGCGACUGCAGGCCCGAGUUUAACCAGAAGGUGAUUAAAAACUGCAGCAGAACGUCAAACCUCAAUUGUGCCUGCCAGGCUGGCUUUCGCUGCACCAGCGUGGUUCCGUACAGCGAGAACUGCAAGAACUGUGUCAAGAUAAGCGACGUGACCACAUUGGCAACCACAACAACAACAACAACAACAAAAGUCACUGUGACUUCAGAUGAACAUGAGCAGACUCCUUCCCCCUCUUCCUCAGCAGACGACAGCAUCUCUGCAAGAUUGUGCUCAUCUCCAGAAUGCGAUAGACAGGGUGGACACAGCUCACCUAUUAAGGAAGAAAAGAGGAGCACCGACCAGCUGGCGGCCAUCGUGUGUCUGGUGGUCGUCAUGGUAACUGCCGCCCUGGUAAUCCUAUUCUGCAUCUGUCAACCCGGAGAAGAAACCUGCUUGAAGAGAGCUGUGAUGAAGUUGCACAAUAAGGGUGGUGGGGAAGCUGCAGAGAAGAAGGAAGAGCAUUUCCCCGUAAACCCAUGUGGUGCUGUGCAUGUCCACAAUGCCGGCACAGUCAUCUUCAGCUGGCUCAGUCACUUUACUGGCCAAGUGGGCCCCGUCAUGGAAGCCAGGAGGGUUGCAGAGAAGCAGGAGGAUGAGGAGGAGGAGGAGGAGGAGGAGGACCAAACCCCUUCUACUUUGUUGACUCACCCCGUGACCUCACCCAGCGUUCCCCUUUCUGAGGAGGAGAGAAGCGGCAAAGCAGCAGAGGUCUUCUUCCCCUCCCAGGAGGAAGGUAAAGAGUGGCACGUGUCCAAAGAGGAGGGGUUCUGAUGGAAGACUAAGUCACUGGACUGGUGCUAAGUUCCCGACGUCUGAGAAGAACGACUUGUCUGGUAGGACUGAAGUCCACAAUAAGUGUGAUGGGGCACCAUUUUCUUAAUGAUUUUAUAGAAAUACAGUGGAACCUCGAUUCACACACGCCUUUUCGGUUUAUGAACGUUUACAUCACGCCAAAUAUGCCUCUGUGUGCGGAUCAUGUCUCUGCAUACGAACGCUUCAUCCAUUUAUCCAUUAUUCUGUGUGCCACCCGAAGCCCUAUGGUGCCUGCCAUUUUGAUGACAUCAUUUCUGACGAGUUUAUUUCCACAAUUGUCAUACCUUGCGCUGGUCAGAGCUGUGUGAGGCUGUCUUAGAGAUCACUUUCUGGGAUUGGAAAUGCUUUCAUAGUCAUGCUCUAUAGCUUCCGGUUACUAAACAACCACUGAGCUAGCAUUGUAGAAAAUAUAGCUUCACUGAAUAUUUUAUCAUCGAAGAGGCUUUGUUCCGCAGCAAGUCUUUAAUUGUGAUGAGACUGAAAAAGAUGCCACAACGAACCAUUAUUACAGCGAAGGAGCAGGCGCUACCGUGACACAAGCCGAUGAAGGAUCACCUCACACUGAUCGUUUGUGCUAACGCUAGCGGCGACUACGUGACGCCACUGCUCGGUUGUCACUCUGAAACUCCCAAAGUGUUCAACAAUUCCACAAAUAUUCCCAGACACAAGAUAAAAUGGGUUUCCUUCUUUUGUUUUGUUUUUGAAGCGAGCCAAUAAGACUUGUUUGUGUGUAAGUGCGUGUUCAGUGUCGACAUUUAAGCUUACUGUAUUGUUGUGUUGUUUGGAUAAAAAAAAGAUUGUUGAGCGAGUACCCUAUUGUUAUGUUGGUUU